AUGUGGCAAGGGGUCGGGGGAAGCUCGUUGACGGGGGCCGAGUGGCCGGUGAGGACGCGGGCCGGGUCGAUUGAAGGGGGAAGGGGUUUCGGGUCGAGGUGGGUGCAAACGAGGUCGUCGAGCGCGUUCAGGACACCGGCGAGGAGGGUCUUGGGCGGAUUAUUGGGAUGUUUGAUGAUGAUCUUAUUAUUGGUACAAGUGGAUUUUGCGGUGAUGAUCUUGGGUUGGCGGGAAAGGGUUUUUUUAGGGUUGGUGAUGGUUUUUGAUAGUGAUGAUGAUGAUGAUGAUGGGAUUAAUGAAUGGAGACUAGUGGAGGAAGGAAUUAGGGUUUCCAUUUUUGUGUUGGGGGAAUUUGGAAAAUUGGCGUUGGGUGUGGUGCGUGUGUCACGCUCCCUAACAAACGUGCCAUGGAAACCGUACGGAACCCUUUGGGGCAGCUUAACGACGGCCACAAUAUCCAGAUUUGCUGACUUGGCAUCCAUGACCAAAAACCGUGACUCGUCUACAGUCUCGUCAUGUACAAACGUCACGAGAUACCCAUCAUCCUCGUCAGCCGUUGGAUUAUCAGGCUCCUUAGGGACGAAAGACGGUUCGCCACUAUAA